AUGAGCAAGACAUUCGACGUGAUCAUCGUCGGCGCAGGCAUCUCCGGCAUCAAUGCCGCCUACCGCAUUCAAUCCCAACUCCCGGGCUACAGCUAUGCCAUCCUGGAGGCCCGUGAUGACCUAGGCGGCACCUGGGAUCUCUUCAGGUAUCCUGGAAUCCGAUCUGAUUCCGACCUCUUCACGUUCGGUUUCCAAUUCAACCCGUGGAGUCGCGACAACCCCAUCGCCGAGGGCAGCGCCAUCAAAGAGUAUGUGCGCGAUACAGCGAAGAAGUUCGGCAUUUACGACAACAUCCACUUCGGCCACCGGUUGAACACAGCCAGUUUCUCGACGGAGAGCAACACCUGGUCGCUGGCCGUCGACGCGCAAGGGGAAAAGACCUUCACCGCCCGCUACGUCAUUUUCGGCACUGGCUACUACAACUACAAGGAGCCUCUCAAGGCGGAGAUUCCUGGGCUGGAUGAUUUCCAGGGCCAGAUCAUCCAUCCGCAGUUCUGGCCCGAGGACCUGCAGUAUAAGCAGAAGAAGAUCGUGAUCAUCGGGUCCGGCGCAACAGCGGUCACCCUCUUACCAAACCUAGCAGACGAGGCCGAGCGAGUGACGAUGCUCCAGCGGAGUCCGACAUAUAUUCUGUCCUUGCCCAAUCGCACCAACAGCCGCUGGCUGAGUUACAUCUUGCCCAAUGCGUUGUACACCCGCAUUCAGCGUAUGAUUUGGAUCUAUACAUCGCGCAUCUUCUUCCUCUUCUGUCAACGAUUCCCGAACUUCUCGCGCUGGUUGCUCAAGUUGAACGUGCGCAAGCAGCUGCCCAAUCACAUUCCCUACGAUCCCCAUUUCAAGCCGAGAUAUAACCCCUGGGACCAGCGUUUGUGCGUGUGCCCGGAUGGAGAUCUGUUCAAAUCCCUCCGUCAGGGCAAGGCCGACGUGAAGACCGAUACCAUCAAACAAGUUACAAAGAAUGGAAUUGUGCUGAGCUCAGGGGAGAAGCUCGAUGCAGAUAUCAUUAUCACUGCUACUGGUUUACGAUUGCAGAUGGCUGGUGGUGCCACUCUGGCUGUUGAUGGCCAGAAGAUCAAUCCCGGCGACAAGUAUCUCUGGAACGGUGUGAUGCUGCAGGAUGUCCCCAACGCCGCCUUCGUCAUUGGAUACACCAAUGCCUCGUGGACACUGGGUGCCGAUGCUACCGCGCAAUUUGUCUGUCGUCUGUUGAAGAGCCUUGAGUCGCGCAAGUUGAUUGCCGCCACACCAAGAGUGAAGGAGAAGGAAGCCACCACACUUCAGGACCGCAGACUCCUGAACCUGAACUCCACAUAUGUUUCUAUUGCCGAACGUGUGCUCCCCAAGGCUGCUGAUCGUGGCCCUUGGCAACCUCGUGAUCACUACCUCAAGGACAUCAAGUUCGCCACAGGUGGUGAUAUUGAUACCGGACUGGAGUUUGCACAGGGCCCCAGUCUGCGUCUGCGUCCUAAGAUCGCUUGA